GGACUGGACUGACUAGUUGCUGACGUCUCUUGUUGGUAUAUAAGUUGUCAGGAAGAGACCCGCUCAUCACCUUUGACUUGACUGUGUGUUGAAGGAGAGAAAGGUUUAUUUUUACCAGCAAGAUCAGACGUCCACGUACCAAAAAUGACAACGAUAACCACAGCACCAGAACCCAGAGCGUACACCAUGACCACAAUAUCGCAUGAGUGGUCCUCUGGCAUCUGCGAUUGUUUCAAGGACUUGCCCCAUUGUUGCUUCGCCUUUUGGUGUUUUCCCUGCUUCGCCUGUAAAACUGCAAGUGAGGCCGGAGAGUGCCUAUGUUUGCCUCUGCUGGACAGUUUCGGAAUCAUCCCACCAAUCACACUCUCCCUCAGAGUGUCGGUACGCCAGAGAUACGGCAUCGAGGGAACCAUUUGCAACGACUGUGUCUGUGCGUUCUGCUGUGGACCUUGUUCCUGGUGCCAGAUAGCAAGGGAGAUUAAAAGCAGGAAGAACCCUCUCACCUUUGUCAACAUGGCCAGUAGCUAAGUCGCAGAUUUGUGAUCUGGUCUUGGUCGUCUGGACGUGGGGAAUGUGAGUCGCUGAAGACGUCAGCAUUUACUUCAGCACUAGAAUAUCAUUUGUACUUGUAAAAAAAAAAAAACAUUUUCACGUGGACUGGUGAUCAAGCUUCUUUCCCUACUUUGUCUGCUUUUGCACCAAUGAGACCUGUCUGUCAUCGUUGGCCGGUGAGGAAGUUCACACACUUGUUCUUUUAGGAAUUCCUCUGCGCUUCGUCAGUGAGAGAGAGAGAGAAGAAAUCAUAAACACAUUGUAUCAUGCUGCGGAACAAUCAAAGGAAGGAAAGCCAGCGAGUCUGCAGGCUCUCACAGAGCUUUCUUGACAUAUGAGGCGUUAUUGGGCGCACGGAACGUGAGGCUCCCCCAGGAGAGGUGGUUAAUAUCCCAAUAAGCAUGUAUUGUCUGAAAAGCUGCGAGAAACAUGCGUAAUGUUUCUGUACAAGCUCGCCGCAAAAGGAUAUUUCACACACAAAAAAAGUGUAUUUUAAGUAUUACACUGAAAGUGAUAUGACACAAACAAAAAUCCACCUCCAGAGAUUUAAUAAAAUAAAAUAAAAUAAACGUGA